AUGCUCCCCAAGAUGAGCGAUAAGAACAUCGAGCCCCGUGGGACUUGGAACGGCGAUUUCUCAUGGGACGGCUACUUCAUGCGAAUGCAUAUGAAGACAGUCACUCAGACGUACGACAUGUACAACCCCAGGACUUGGCCGUUAGUAAGCCAGAUCGCCGCAACAGAGAACAACUUCGACUACAGGAAGAGCAAGCUCCCUCCCGAAUAUCUGGUAUACGAGCAGACACUCAUCAAGGACAUGGACGGGCUUCGACCUCUCCAAGGCCAGCGGGCCAUUACCCGUCGAAAGAAUCGAGUCAUGAAGAACCUCUUUCGCUACUACCCACUCAACUAUGACCGCAACGGUGAGCUGAGAGCGCAUCCGCAUAUCCCAUCUGACGAAUUGGAGGAGUGGAUAUGUCAAAUAAAGGGCAGCAAACCGAUUGCGAAGAAAGAGGAGGACACCAAGGAUGUGAUAAUCGGCAACCAUGCGACUGAAGAAGUUGCUGAGGAUGAGUCGCCCGAAGCAGCAGCUAUUCAUGAGAUCAUGAAGAUGUUGGGCGACACAGAUACAGUACCCAACAGCAGAGUGACUGGACUGGAAGAAGAACUCGAAAAGACCAAGAAGGAGAGCAUAGAGGCAGACAUUAGAGCGGAAAUCGCGAAAAAUAAAGUUACUGCAAUGACAGCCAAGUACCAAACGGCUGUCCAAAGAUUCUCCGUCCAAGUUGGAGAGGCACUCCGCGAGUACAAGGAACAGUCGCACAAGCUUCUUUGCCAAGAGCGCACCAACCUCAGUACCCUGAAAGAGAUAUUGGUGAAGAAGGAAGAUGAGAUCGCCAGUCUGCAAUCGGACCUCAGAAAGCGUGGCGAAGACGUCUUGACAGCGAAGCAGGAGACCAAGGUGGCAAAGCAGCAAAUCUUCAAGAUUUUGGAAGAGAUGAAGAAGAAGAAACAGGGUACAGGUUUGCAGAAGAAGAGAGCGGAGGAGGAUGGAGCAGGAGCAGCACGAAAGAAGCCGAAGAUCGAGAGUUGCGAAAUGCAGUAG